ACGUCAGGGUAUUAUAGUAAAGUGAAACUAUCCUGGCCAGGUACUGGAUAUAAAGUAAUCCUCUUUCAAGUGAAGUGAAAGAAGAGAGCCAACUGAGACACUACUAGAGGCAAACACAUAAUCAGAAAUGUCACCAAACAACAAUAGGAUAGGGAGGGCCCUGAAUGCCAGCCUGUUGUACCUGCUGUUAUCUGUGUGCCUGACAUGCACCGCUGCUCUGGAGGAAUUCGAAGAAGAUAUUGAGAUCGAUGAUGAGGAGGAAGACCUGGAGUAUGAGUACAGCAUGAAACAAGACAGACACACCUGUAGAAGCGGCCAAACUGGUCAGUAUCCAUUCUGCAAGGACAAGAACCACUACGUCCACAUAACGGAUGAGUGUGGAGAGAUAGACGUAAAAAAAGUGAGGGUGGAAAUGCAGCUGAUGAUCCAUGACCGACGUGAGAAGAUAAAGGAGAUCGCACACGCUGCAAAACACAGUGAGAAAAAUGUGGAGAGGGAGAAAGCGGACACAGUGCUGUUACUGACUGAAAUGGCAAGGAUCGUUGAGAAGACCUACAUAAAAGUAAUUGAGGAGAUUGAGAAGAACCAGGAAGCAGCAGCAACCUGGGCUGUAGAGCAUAUUCUAAAGCUAUCACAGGAAAUCUCUCAGCUACAGAAGAGAAGCAAUGAGCUGGAGCAGCUCUCACACACUGAAGACCACCUCCACCUUCUCCAGAUGUUCCCAUCCCUUUGUACCCCACCGGCUACCAUCGACUGGUCCGAGGUCAGCGUUCACAGUGAUCCCAGUGUUGGAGCUAUGAGGAGAGCUGUGAACAAGCUGAGGGAAGCACUCAAUGGUGAAGAGAACAGGCUGUCUGCUGCUGAGUUGGGAAGGAUCAAGAAGUGUGCAGUGAAUGUGACUCUGGACCCUGACACAGCACAUCCCAACCUCAUCGUGUCUGAAGACGGGAAACAAGUGAGAUUUGGAGAUCUCUGGCAAAAUGUCACAGACGGCCCUCAAAGGUUUGAUGUUGUUGUUAAUGUCCUAGGAAAAGAGGGUUUCUCCUCAGGAAGAUUCUACUAUGAGGUGCAGGUGGAAGGAAAGACUGACUGGAUUUUAGGAGUGGCAGUAGAGUCCAUCAACAGGAAGGGAAGGACUAUUGUGGAGCCUGACAAUGGAUACCUGGCUCUAUGGAUGAGUGAUGGGAAUGAGUAUAUAGCUCUUGAUAAGCUUCCUGUCCUCCUCUUUCUUAAUCAGACGCCCCAGAAGAUAGGGAUUUAUAUUGAUUAUGAACAGGGUCAGGUCUCCUUUUAUGAUGUGGACAACAGGUCUCAUAUCUAUUCUUUCUCCAAUUACGCUUUAAAACCUGCUAAACUUUAUCCAUUCUUCAGCACCUGCACUGACAAUGACGGUAAAAACUCUGCCCCAUUGGUCAUUACCCAAGUCAAUCAGAAACUAAGUAUUCACUUCCCAACUUAAACUUAUAUAAAUGUUAAAGGAAACACUAUGUUACAUCAAAUCAUACAUUUUGUUUAUUUUUUGUUGUAAGUUUUAAAUGUUUUCAUAUUUCUGCAGUUAUCUGCAUUCUGUCUAAAUUAAAGGUAUUGAAUGGCAUUAACUGAAUGUCUGUAUUAUAUAAAUCAAGUGUAUCUGGAGAAAUUAAACGAACCCAUUCAGUCACCAA